CUUGUUUCUCAUCCUUGAAACCUCCAGAAGCUCCUAGGGGACAAUUACCGCAAACAUGUCGACUCCUCUCAUCCAGCAAUUCCCUUCCCUCGCGGCAUACCCCCCGUCGUUCCUCAAAGACCUCUUGUCCUCUCCCGAGCUUACCGAAGCAUUCCUUUUCUCGCUCCCCGAAGUCCAACAACUUGCAGCAGAGGUCGAGCGUGUAGGAAGGGAGAAUGAUGAAAUUGCCGGCAAGAAUCUGGAGUUAAGAGAUGAGCUGCUGGCAUUGAGAGAUGCUACAGCACAGUCUUAUGCCCAUGCUGAGGGCCUGAAGAGGAAUUGGGCUGAUAUUGAAAAGAACCAGAAAGAUCUGUAUCAGCGCGUCCGACCAUCCUUCCUGCAUCUACGGCUUAAACAUUCCUUGUCAGCCCAAGACGAAGCAUCCGAAAAGAUCGCAAGCGCGUUUAUUGAAGGGAGGUCUGCUGGUAAUAGUCGCCCUGGGUCAAGGAUAGACUCACCCGUGCCCAUUGGAGAUGGUCCUGCGGACAGGGUAAGUCUAUCUUAUCUGGGCUUGCGUCAUUGAAAGUAAAGCUGAAUGAACCAUACAGCAAUCACAGAAUAGGGCCAUAGACGACUUCAUCCAAGAGUUCACGGCGUCUAGGAAAACGUAUCACAAACGGGCCAUCUGGGCCGAGAGGUGGUCCCGGGGGGAGAUCGCAUGGAGAGAUGAUUGAGAUUCGACCAUAGGGGUGUGGUCUGUUGUACAUUUAUGUCACUCACGCGAGAUGUGUACCAUGUAGUCGAGCCUUGUUCAUCUUCUAACACUCCAGAGUCCUGUAUGACUACUCGUACUUCAUGCGUCACAGCGCCCGGAUGGCCAAGUUCAGGCUGCCGAUGAACGGCCUCCCCCAGAGCCAAGUAGAUGAUAAUGCCUG